GGUCAGAGACUGUAUACAUACUACAGGAGAUGGUCAGAGACUACAGACAUGCUACAGGAGAUGGUCAGAGAAUGCAUACAUAAUACAGGAGAUGGUCCGAGACUGCAGACAUACUACAGGAGAUGGUCAGAGACUACAGACAUACUACAGGAGAUGGUCAGAGACUACAGACAUGCUACAGGAGAUGGUCAGAGACUGCAUACAUGCUACAGGAGAUGGUCAGAGACUGCAUACAUAAUACAGGAGAUGGUCAGAGACUGCAGACAUACUACAGGAGAUUGUCAGAGACUGCAGACAUGCUUUAGUAGUUGCUGGAGACUGGAAAUAUGGUUCAGGAGACAUAGACUGGAGCAGGGGCGGACUGACCAUUCGAGCACUCGGGCA